AGGAAGAAGAAGAGGAGGAAGAAGAAAUAGAGGAUGAUGAUUAUUCCAUGUAUUCUUCCUCUUCCAGCAUUCCCGAUGAAAAUAUUAAUUUUGAUCUUGUUUAUGCAUUACAUACGUUUGUAGCGACUGUGGACGGACAGGCUUCUGUGGUGAAGGGAGAUGCGAUGACCUUAUUAGACGACACAAAUUCAUACUGGUGGUUAAUCAGAGCAUUAAAAGCAUCCGAAGUAGGCUAUAUACCUGCUGAAAAUAUUGAAACUCCUUUUGAAAGAUUAGCUCGAUUAAAUAAACAUCGAAAUGUCCAAGUUACCUCACUUGAUCAAUUGCAACAUUAUGGUCCCGUCAGUACGAGUACCCGCAGCAAUAAUAAAAACAAGGUUAAAGUUUCAAAACAACUUGCAUGUCAAUUACAAAUUAUUAUAACCGACGAUGAUGAUGCUGAAGUCUAUCAAGAAGUCUUUGAGAAAUGGGAUGAGCCCAUGGCCUUACCAGACGAAGAAGAGGAUCUCCAAGAAGAAAAAGAUCAGCCUGCUCCAGAUCCAUACGCUCCUUUAUUAAAUCCCGAGUUUAAUAAACCUAUAAAUAUUGACAAACCAUUACCAGUCAGAGUCAUCACACCUCCUCCUCCUCCGUUGCAAGUAGCGCCCCAAGUUGUCGAAGAGCCUGUCAAACCCAUACUAAAGUUAGAGGAACAACAUAUACCAAAGAAAGUCACCGGCCUAAAGAGAUUACUGUCCAUCGGAAAUGGUGCCAGUAAGAAAAAAUCAGUGGAACCUAUUGUCGUACAACAAAAAGAGGAUGAUGAACAGUACCAUGUUUUACGUAUCUUUUCUGGAAACAUUAAUGUCGGUGCCUUAUUUAAUACCGUCGCUGUCACACCAGAAAUGAAUGCAGAUCAACUUUUGAAACUCGCCUUACAAAAGUUUCAUAUCCCAUUGCUGGAGACUUCAAAACGUCCCACCAGUCUUCAAAACGGCAUUGAAUACUACCUGACUGUCAAAUCCAUGGAUGGAGACGAAAUCACCUUGGAACCACAAGAUAAACCUUUAGCGAUUUUUGAGUCACUUUCCGAUCACCUUACCACUCCCAUGCCUUCAUUAACAUACAUCAAACGGCUGUCAAUUGAACAACCCACCAUCAAAGUAACCCGUGUUGGUGUAUCCAAAGCACGACAACGUGCAAAGGCUCGUUUCGGGGAGGAUUCAGUCAUCCGCUUUUCACUUCAUAAACGUAUCAAGCGCACAAUCGACACUGCUGCCGGCCAAAUCUAUGUCAAGAUCUCUUAUUACGCAGCAGAUAAUAAACAGCUGGUGGCCAGUUCGGCUAAAAUAUCUACCAUGGGCUUGAUCCGCAAAAGUAGUCUGUUACGUGUGGACCAGCAUAUUCAGCAACAACAACAACAGCUGAAUGAUAAAAAGGCCGCUCAGGAACGCAUUGAUAAAUUAGUAGCGAUUUCAACCACCACACUUAUUUCGGAUUUGACAUUAACGGCGCUAGAAAAGUUUCACAUGGUGGAUCAAGAUAAGUCGCUUUUUGGCAUGGUAUUAUCGUUAAAUGGACAAGAAGUACCAUUAGUGCCAACAAAGACAAUUUCGGACAUUCUAAAUGAUCCAGACCUCAUACCCAAAGGAACCGUUGAGAAAUUAUUCGUGUUACGUAAAAAGAACACGGCUGUGAUACCCAGUGAAUCCGAAUCUACCAAUCGGUUUGUACGUUAUAUACUUAAACAACAACAGGAUGUACCCGAGCACACACCAUCUAGUACAGGCAGUGUCCUGAAGCGUUUAGAUCAAGCCAUUCUGUCACUUGAAAAUGACAAACGACAACUGGACAAGUUUCAAUAUAAUGGAUCUUCACCAUUGCCACCUUUAAGUCGAAAUAAUAGUCAAGGAAUUACUUCCACCACAGCAAGGGUUGUACCUGUACGAUCCAACAGUUUAUCAUCCAUCUCAUAUCGAUCCAAAGAUAACAAAUUUCCACCUACAAGAAGUUCGUCAUUAAAGAUUGGCGGCGAUGUUUUUGAUAAUAGUGUGAGUCCAAGUAUAUCGAAUAUGGAUGAUCUUGAAUUGGAAUUACAACGUAUUGCUACUUCUCAAUAAUCAUAAUAAUAAAUGUAUUUUUAUCAGAAAAAAAAAAAAAAAACUACAGGAUGGGGUUCGCUUUUCGAUACCAUCUGCGUCUUCUUGUUAAUGCUCGCGAGCUGUCUGUCAGAACAGCAGCUCUGCCAGUCAUAGAUUCAGGUCGACCUCGUGGAUUAGACCAACGAUGAUCUGAAUAUACCCAACCCUGUUCAUCACACUCAAUUAAAGU